AGCAAACACCGAAUAGUAAUAAGGCCAAUGACACUUUCUCCACAAUCCUCUCCUUUCUUCUUCUUCUUCUUCGUCAUCAUUUUGUUCUUCUCUCUAAAUUGUAUAGAAUCCGAAACUGGGCUUUGAUCAAUUUUGACUCUUUGCAUCCAAUUUCGAUUGUGAGAUCUCCGUAAAUUGUUCAGCAAAUCUUCAGAAUCGGGGGGUCAUUUCCAAGUUUGGAAACAAACCCUAGCGAACCUCCAUUGAUGUGAUCUCUCUCUUACUUUGAAAGUUUUCAUAAAAAUCUGGUCUUUUCUAUAGGGAAAUGCCAGGCGUAGCUGUGAAGCUCUAUAGCGUCUUCUUUAAGUUACUUUUGAAACAUCGUCUUCAAAAUCUUAUUUCAAUCUCUGCUUCUGAUGGCUUAUCUGAUUCGUUCGGUGUUUCCACCCGAUCCGAUGAAUCCGUCGCCGCCGCGAAUCCGUCUUUCACCGACGGUGUUGCGACCAAAGAUAUACACAUUGAUCCAAUGACGUCACUCACCGUAAGGAUCUUUCUUCCCGAAUCUGCUCUUUCACCUGAACCCGAUUCGUUACGCCACAAGGAUAAUUAUCACAGCCAACCCAGAUCUGAUCGGAGACACAGCUACGGCCCUAAUCACAACUCUCCGGCACCGGAGGAGAGGAAUGAGUCGCGAAGGAACAGCUACGGUUGCAACAACGAGAAUCUAGAAUCGUAUGGAGGAUAUGCGCCUUCUGCUAAGAGGAGUUCUAGGAAACUUCCAGUGAUGCUGCAGUUUCAUGGUGGUGGUUGGGUUAGUGGAAGUUCUGAUUCGGCGGCUAAUGACUUCUUUUGCCGGCGAAUCGCCAAAGUAUGUGAUGUGAUUGUAUUGGCCGUUGGUUAUAGACUUGCGCCUGAGAAUCGGUAUCCUGCGGCGUUUGAGGAUGGAGUCAAAGUACUAAAUUGGCUCGGGAAACAGGCUAAUCUAGCUGAUUGUUGCAAGUCUUUGGGUAAUCGACGUGUCAAUGGUGUUGAGGUGAAGAAGCUGAAUGUUCAAGGACAGAUAGUGGAUGCUUUUGGAGCUUCCAUGGUUGAGCCUUGGCUUGCAGCUCAUGCCGAUCCUUCCAGAUGUGUUCUUCUGGGGGUGAGCUGUGGUGGAAACAUAGCAGACUAUGUAGCUCGGAAAGCAGUGGAAGCGGGGAAACUUCUAGAACCAGUGAAAGUUGUUGCCCAGGUCUUAAUGUACCCCUUCUUCAUUGGAAACAACCCAACACAGUCCGAAAUAAAGCUGGCAAAUUCUUACUUCUACGAUAAGCCUGUCUCUGUUCUCGCCUGGAAACUCUUCUUACCAGAGAAAGAGUUUGACUUUGACCACCCGGCAGCAAACCCACUUGCUCAUAACCGUAGUGGACCACCUCUGAAGCUAAUGCCUCCAACACUUACAGUAGUAGCUGAGCAUGACUGGAUGAGAGACAGAGCCAUUGCUUAUUCGGAAGAGCUUAGAAAGGUAAACGUAGAUUCUCCAGUUUUAGAAUACAAAGAUGCAGUUCAUGAGUUUGCAACACUUGAUAUGCUUCUCAAGACUCCUCAGGCACAGGCCUGCGCAGAAGAUAUUGCCAUUUGGGUCAAGAAAUACAUUUCGAUCCGCGGCCAUGAGUUCUCUUACUAAAAUUUUAUCCUGUUAUUAUUCAUUUUCUACCUUCUUUUUUUGUGUGAUAGCAAGAUUUUCUUGUAGGGUUAGAGACAAUCCAGGAUCGAGUCUUUUUGCAAAGUUAUCAAAUUAAUUUUUUUGGGGUUAAUUAUGUAUUCAUAUGUACGUAUUCUGAAUAAACCAUCUUGGUUCGACCAAAUUUUCAAGAUUGUUCUCGGUUUGACUCAA